GAAUGUUAUCUAGGAGCACCAAGACGCCAUCACGACCAAUCGAGAACAGCCAUGGAUAAGCUUCCCUACGUACCGUCCAGCAUUCUCUGGGAGAUGCUCUCGGCGUGCGAUCUCGAGGCCCUUGCCCGUACGAACCGCCUGCUUCGUUGCAAUGUCGAGCCAUUCCUCUACCGUCGGCACGCUAUCGUGGAUUGGGGUUCUGCCAUCAUGUGGGCUGUCGAUAUGGCUGACUUGGACGAGCCAGAGACAUGCACAACGGCUCUCGCCAUUCUCGACAAGGUGAAGCAGUUCUGCGACCUCACUCCUAGUGCCCUCGAUCUUCUCUGCAGUCCGGAACAGAACUAUAUCAACAUCCAACCUCCGCACCCAUUCGUACUCGUCGACGACCUAUGUACGCUAACGGCUCUUCACUUUGCCGCAUGGAAAGGGCUUGAUGCUAUCGUCGAGUGGUUGCUGCGGGCUGGCGCCAGCGUGAAUUGCGAAUCCAGCGCCAUCAACCCGCUCUACUUGGCUGUCUUGAACGACAAAGCGUCCACGGCGCUCUCUCUUCUCUCCCAUGGCGCCAGCCCGGUUGUGCGACGAGGUUCCCAGAACUCUCUCAACGUCUUCUACCUCGCCUGCGUGAUGGGUUACGCCAGCCUGGCUGAGCAGCUCCUGGCGACGGGGAGCGUUCCAGCAGACCUUCCCGAUGUAUUGCAAUGCUAUAGCACUGAUGUUUCCUCCCGGCCAGACGCCCCGGCCGUCGUCGAGCUGCUCACCAGAGACGCGGGUUUCCCGAAUUCGUUGAUUGAAGACUUUCUGUGCGCCUCUAAAUGGCAGUCUGCAUUAGCACUACUCAAAGCCAAGAAGCGCCGAAAUCGGAUAUCUCGCACCACAGCCACCGCCUUGCUGGACUGCGCCUGUUCCUCUCUCCGAUAUAACCCGCAGAAAGCGCAGGGCGCCAACCUGGUAAUCCGCCGACUGCUCCACGUAGGCGCCGACCCCGACGUGGGCCACGAGUUUUUCGAUUCAUCCACUUCCGACUUUCCUGCUCUGCUGACGCUGCUUCCCCCUUUCCUGGAAGCCGGGAUGGACUUAACCGCUAAAGAUGCCCUUGGCAUAGCGAGCGCCUACGAUAGGAACCAGGACGAAGAGGGCGCCUCGGCCCAACUCGAAGUAGUCCGCUUGUUGCUUCGACACGGCGCACCAAUCAGUCCGGCUACGAGGGGAGAUGCGCUCGACUCCCUCACAAAGUGGGGAAACCAAGAGAGAAAGAAAUGGGCUCACGAGCUAUGCGGUGCGUUGGUGGAACAUUGCCGCCAGGUCCCCAAACGCCAGCGUCGUGAGGAUAUAACCGCCUUCUUAGGCCGCCUUUCCGAUACGAAUAAGCAGCUUGGGCACAGGGCCUUUGAUAUUGACUUCUUUUAGGGCUUGCGGUUCCUCCACGGGAACGGCGUCGUCCACGGCGACCUGCAGCCUCAACCAAGGUCACCGCAAUGAUGAACAACAUGUCAAAGUGGGGCCAGUCAGGGCAAACAAGUAUGGUUGCGGGCUCCUAUAAAAGUAUCGUAAAUGAGGCGGAAAAUCCUAUAAUAAUCUUGCUAGUCACCAGAUAUACGAAUGAGACCCAGG